UGACACUGAGGUCGCAAUACAGUAAAUUGAGGGUGAGUUACAUUUUUCUUCUUGAAAUACACAUUGUAACUUAUCUAAAACUCCUCAUUUUACAGAUUCUUGGAUUUAUAAGAGUUAGGUCAAUCCCUCUCAAAAUGAUGACCAAUGCUGGACCAUCACUUUCGUAUCUAAUCACCUAAGUGAAGAUGAAUGUGUUCUGCAUUGACUUGUAAUCCUGUAAGAAUAACAGUAAAACGGUGCUGAGUUGUCGUAACCAAGAUCUCUAAGUCUGGAUUUAAGACAUCCAUACAUGUAUGCACACCGUGCGAUUCUUCAGAUGGUAUAUUUUUAACCAAAUCGACGUUUUAUGGACAAUGACUUGUGUUGGUUAGGAAUCAGUGGUUAUACAGAUGCUGACCCAGAGGAAAUCAACCAGCAUGAAUGACACUCAAGAAUCGGAAGACAUCCCCACUUCAAAGCGCAAACGUUCGUUAGAAAAGUCUGAGGAGAGGGUUGCAAGUGUCGGAUCACAGGAAUCAAGAACGAUAAAGAAUGUGAAGGGAGUGAUUGUGACAUAUACGUCACCUGAAGGAACGCAAUACAAUGUUGGAGAUAGCGUGUAUAUAGAUAGUCAGCGACCUGACCUCCCGUAUUUCAUCGGAACUAUCCAAGAGUUUAAAGUGACUAAGCGUGAGAAUGUUAUUAUGACAGCUAAGUGGUACUACCGGCUAGUGGAAGUACCAGAAACGGUUUAUCAACUGCUGGUACAAGAUCGCCACUCAGAAAACAAUUCAGGAAGUGAUCUGAUUAUUACCAAUCCUGUUGUAAAAAACCGAGAGCUGUUUAUUUCUGACACUCCAGAAACAUACACUGUCUGCUUGUUAAGGGGAAAAUGUUCUGUGACGCACUAUAAUGAUAUUCACAGUGCCAAGGAUUUUGAAGCGGAUCUUAAUUGUUUCUUUUAUAUUCUUGGAUAUAAUCCAGAAACAAGACGUCUUGCGAGCACUCAGGGAGAAAUCAAAAUCGGUUCAGGUCAUCAAGCCGUCCUACCACAACUUCGACCAAAGCCAAAACCCAAUGGGCAGACUCUCACGGACAAAGAGGAGCUCACAUGGAAAACACGAAUAGAAGACGUCAAUCUUCUCAUGUACCUGCGCGCAGCUAGAAGUAUGGCUGCGUUCGUGGGCAUGUGUGACGGUGGGUCUCCAGAGGAUGGGUGCGAUGCUGCCUCCAAGGAUGUAACUACUAUCAAUGCUCUAAAAAUUCUUCAUCACUAUGACUACCAAACUAGCAAAGCACUACAAGCGUUGAUCAAAGACCCGGUUCAAAAGUCGGUAGAUAAAAAGUGGAAUGAGGAGGAUACUAAAUUGUUUGUGAAGGGACUUCGUCAGUUUGGGAAGAACUUCUUCAGAAUCAGAAAAGAACUGAUACCCAGCAAACAAACAAGUGAACUUGUUGAGUUUUACUACUACUGGAAGAAAACGCCAGAGGCCGCUAAUCAACGGAUUUACAGACGAGGUCGCCGACAGAGUGUGCUACGGAGGAUGAAAGUAAUGACGCGUACAAUCAGGCAACCAAGCAGCGAAUACAUUGAUUUGAGUUCAGCAAGUGAAGAUGAAUUGGAUUCUGAUGAUGGAGAAUUUUAUGGCUACGCUUGCCGACAUUGCUUUGCAACUAGUUCAAAAGAUUGGCAUCAUGGUGGAAGAGAUAAACUUCUCCUCUGCUAUGAUUGUCGGCUCUACUUCAGGAAAUAUGAUCAGUUACCGACAAUUAAAACCCCGCGUGAAGCGCCGCCAUUCAUGUUUAAACCAGUCAAGGAUGAUGAGGCUACGGAGUCGAGGAUCAAAUUACGCUCUCGUAGACAUGGUGAAUUGAAAGGCUCAACAUUACGAAGUGGACGAAAUAAACAUUCUGAUAACUCAAGCCCAGUAGCUGGCAUAUCCAGGAAAAAGACUUACAACCGCAACUCCCCAAGCACACUCAGUACAUCUAGUGAGAGUAGCACAAAAUCAACAAAUAAGAAACGCAAGGUUGAGGAUGAUGGUUAUGAGAGUCCACUGGUGGUGAAGCUAGAGCCAGAGGAUGAGAGUGUUAAUAGUACAAGUACAUCAGUCGGCCAUAACGACCGUGAGAAUGAAGAGGAAACCCCAAUGGAGGUACAAGAUGUAGAACCAGCAACUGAGCAAGCAUCAGAUGUAGGUGCAGUGGAGGUGUCUGAAGAGUCUACCCCACAAGAUGGAAACAGUGAGGGCAGCACAUCAGCCUCAAGAUCAAGUAGUCCCGGAGAUAUAGACAAUGACACUGAAAAUGGAGAGACCGAAAAUGAAAACGUUGAAAAUGAUGAAAACAUUGAAAGUGUUGAAAAUGUUGAAAGUGUUGAAAAAAUUGAUAAUGUUGAAAAAAUUGAGAACGUUAAAGACACUGAAACUGCUGAAAACAUUGAAAAUCUUGAAACUGUAGAAAAUGUUGAAAGCAUUGAAAAAGUUAAAAAUGUGGAAAAUAUGGAAAAAGAAAUUGAUAAUGGGUCAAAAACAAAAGAGACCGUUGAUGAAAGUAAAACAACGGAAAUUUCAAUUGUAAAAAAAGAAGAUCAUGUUGGAGUUGAUAUGAACAGAGAAUUAAAUGAUGAAAAACUAGAUAAUACAUUAGAAGAACAAUUAACAUCAAAAAGAACAGAACAAAGGACAGAAGUAGAUAAUAUUAAAGAAAUUGAAAUGGUUGAACCUAGUGCAAUAAAACAUAGGAUGCCUUCAAUACAAAACUGCCCUCAACCUUCGUCGGUUAUUGUUAAACAGGAGCCAAGAGAUAACUACGAAGUGCCCUCUGCAUCUUACAGCUAUGCAAACACUCCUAUGCAUAUAAACAGCUCAGUGAUUAAAACAGAGGAACGUUUUUUCGGUGAAGUAACACAAUUACGUGAGUCUUUCGUACAUAGUGUGAAAACGGAAGGGACUAUCAUACCACCAGUUGAAAUACCACAUACGGUGAUUCAGGAAUCCAAAUCCAAUUCAGCGGACGUACAACGUGAAAAUUCUGACACGCCAGCACACUCCAAGGAGGAUAUUAAGAAGGAAAUUAUUGAGGACCUCUGCAAGGAUGAUGAAGAGGAGGAUGAUGACAUCAAAGAGGAAAGUGAUGGUCCACGUUGCCCUUCUCCUAGUCCGGUCAUCGGGGACAAAAUUGUCAUCACAUCUCGUAAUGCAGGAUUUAUUCGACACUGGAUCCGUGGUCGUACAACCUGCAGUCGCACAGAUCUUGUCUUCUCACCCCCGCCGGAAAUGUUGAGAAAAAGGAAGGAGGCCGCACUAAAAAGGAAGGCUGAGAGUGAACAAAAGGAGAAUGAAGAUCAGAAGAAGGAAAAGGAUAAAGAAAAAGAAAAGGAAAAAGAAAAACAAGCAAAAAGGCCAAGUACUCCACCAGCCAAUGUUACAGCAGAUGCACAAAUUACAAGUUCUUACGGGCUUCAGCGGGCACCACCACCACCACCAGCACAUGGUUAUGUAUCACAGCACUGCCCUCCACACUUGCAGUACCAACCACAUGACAUGCCUGCCUUGCAUACGCUCCGGGAAUAUGCACGACCUCAUGUUGGCCUACCUCCUGGACAUCCCUUACUACGGGACUUCAGAAACCUUGUUGGUCCAGACCCGAUUAUGCGUAUGCAAAUGCAGUCUAUGUACCUUGGUGCAAAUCGUGAGGCACAAAUUGAUCUUGUAGAACGGGAGUUACGUGAACGCGAUAUGAGGGAGCGCGAUUUCCGUGAAAGAGAGAUACGCGAGCUUCAGGAGAGAGAGAUUCGCCGACAUGAAUUAGAACUACGAGAGCGUCGCGAAAGAGAAUUCCGUGAAAUGAAACCUGGAUUUGAAGGCUUCUACGGAAAUGCUGCACCAAUUUUAGCUUAUGCAGCCAGUCGUCCAGGUGAACCGGUGGUGCCUGCUCAUCACAUACCCGGAGUUCCCCCAUACCUUCACAUGGCACACCCUCACGAGGGACAUCCACCAGGGCGCCCCGGGAUGCCUCCAGGCGAAAUCGUUUACCCUGGUCAGAUGGAGAGAUUAACAGCUGAGCGAUUACACGGAGAGCAAUUGGCAGUGAUUGGUGACCAGUUGAUCGCUGUCAGUCGCCCAGGCUCUGCACCUCACCAUCACAACCAUUCGCACUCACACACACAUCUACAUUUACAUCCAGGAGAGCAUAUGCUUCUUCAUGGCAACGAGCCACCAGGUAUUCCACCGGGCCCAUUGAGUUAUAAUCCACUGCCACCACCCCCAGCUGCAGCAAGUCAUCCUCCGCCGCAUUUGAUCACCACAGGGCACCGAAUUGCUGCUCACCCACACGCCAGGGGUGAAAUGCUAGCCCUCCACGAGGAACAUCAACGGCAGAUGCUGGAAAGGCAUCGCUUUCCAAGACAUUAAAGCUAACCUUUGAUAAUUUCAGAAUGUACAAAAUAAAAUAUCCAUACAGAAUUUGUUUACGAAGCAAUAAAUGAUAGGACUGAAUAUUUGUUAUACUUAAAAGUAUAACAUCCUUUAAAAUGAACUAUUUAAGAUUGGGCAAAUAUAGGGAAAAUGUUUGAGACUGCAGCUUGGCAUCAAAGCGAUGGAUACUUGAAUACCAAGAUGUCUACUUUGCUAAAAUUACAGAUAGUAGUAAGAAUGACAUGUACAGUACAUCCCACUUACUUGACUCCAGCAGUGGAAUGUGGCAUCAUAGUAACCAGAAUGGACAGUGAAAAUACAGUAAAUACUCUUUGUAUCACUAUUGGAUAUUAUUAGGAAAGGAAACAUUUGGUUUAUUUGGGAAGGGUAAAGCACAAUAAUAGUCUUAUACUAUUGUGAAACUAUAGACUCAAUCGUUUUGUUCCAUUAAUUAUUUUUACAUAAAUUUGGUGCUUGAAAUUGUAAUCAUUGAGUCUGAACAGACGGAUUGAUUAAUCACAUUCAGAUGUUAAAAGGGAAAACAUAUCUGAUUGUUAUUUCCAGAAAAAGUGAUCUAAUUGGUUAACUUUAUUGUAGUAAUUUUUUUUUUUUUUAACCAAAUGUUUUAUUGCUGUAUAAAGCAACCAGGGUAUCUAUGAGGUAAUGCUGGUUCAGGGCCUUUACAUUUGUUUUUGUGCCCUGCAAUAUGAUGAAUUUCUCAUAGUUUAUUUGUUUGUUUUUUUUUAAUUCCUGGUCCUGGUAGUUUAUGUUAAUGUAAAUAAAUAGUUUGUAAUUUAGUGAGAUAUGUUUUUCUAUCCAGUUACAAAGAAAGGAGUCUCGGGAAGAAAUAGCAAAUAUACAUACAUACAUUUAUUAUCUGUCCGUUAGUGGACAAUGGUGUACAGUACUUCUCAUGAUAUUAGAUUGUAUUUCUAAUGCAUAAUAUAUCAUGUCUUAGAAUGAUGUAUUAUGUGUGAAGCUUCAGAUUCAUUAAUCAUGUAUUGUUAUCGUUUUUGGCACUAAUGCUAGUGGCGCCUCCAGAUAUUUGCCUAUGAGGAGUCCGACCUAUACUACAGUGGGGUCCAAACCAACCCUGAUCAGGGUCUCAGAAUAAGAAUUCCUGGUAGGGUUCAUGGUGAGAGUUUUUAUGGCUUAGUUCAUGGCCCAAAUUUGUACUUUUAGACCACAAUAUUAGGGAUUGGCAAUCGAUAUAACAUUCUGGAUAGGUAAAUUAACAUUUUGGAUCCGACGACCUUGUCAUAGCUUCGGACAAUGGUGACCCAGGCCUGUCUGAUGGGGUAAUUAAUAAAUUACAAGAUGGGGUAAUUAAUAAAUUACAUCAACAGACUGUCGAUAUAUCUGUCUCUUUCUGACAAAAGGAAGCAAGUAUUUCUUUAAAUGAAACUUAAACUUUCUGAUCAAAAUAUUAGAUUUCCAUAUGUUCCAGUUGACAAGAUACAUAUCAUUAAACUACAUAGUGUUGAAAUUGUCUAACUUCUUUUUUUUUUAAAAGAAAUCAUAAGUUAUAGGUGCACUAAUGUAUUUUAUUUUCUGACAAAAAACCUACAUGGUGUUUACUUCAUUUUGUCAGAAAUUGCAUAAUAAUAAGCAUAAUUUUGAUGAUGAAUACGAUGUCAGCUCCCUAAAUUGGUUAAACAAAGUGAUGAUGAAUAACUAAUUUAGCCCCACACCCACUAGUGGUUUUUUCAGCAUAUGAAUUAAAAUAAACUCGGCAUAAACUUGUAGGACGAUUCAGGAAGCUCAGGGAAAACUUGUACCUACUCGUAGCAGGUCUGAACUUGUGGCUCUAAUUUUGAACAUCUUCAUCGGGAACUCGUAGAGUACUCCUACCUAACUUGUACACUACUCCGGAUACUCCAUGGCAGUUUUGUAAUCCACGAAUUUGAUGCGAGCACCCCGAAACGAGUACAAAUUAAAUACGGGCACACCAAGUUGGUUACAAUCACCAGGAACAUUUGAUCGGAAUGCUCGUACCUAACUCAUAUCUAAUUCGGUACAACCUCGUUAUGCUGGUAGUAAUCUCGUAAAGCUCGUAGUAAACUCGGUGCUUCGCUUGGCAUAAUUCAUACUUAACUCAUAACCAACUCCGUAAGAUCGUAACUCACUCAUAGCUAACAUGUAGUAAGCUCGAAUAGAGGUCCUUUCCCAAGCGAAUUAAAUCACAAGUUUUUAAAUCAGAGAACCUGUGCGACUCAUGGAUGAAAUCAACCUAGAGGGGUAGAGGGGCUUAGACCACUGUGAUUGUGAAUCUGCUUCAAUAGACUGGUAUAUUUAUCCCAGCCAAUAUUGUGGUUUUAUUCACUUGUUAGGUAUUAAUGAUGAAGAGCUAUGUGAAUGUUCUGCAACCAUACCCCAGCAUGUAAUGCACAGUAUAUGAUCUGUAGUUUAAUUAUAUAAAAUUGAACACUUGUUUAUUAUUAAAAAUCAUGUGCUUGCAGCACAAAUAUAUUUGUUAUACUGUUAUAGUAUCUGCCUAAAUUUGCAGUUAAUGUUUCAAUAUGCCAUCAUCGAAAAUGCAUAUUAAAUACAGUCUUGAUUUGCAUAAAAGUAUUUCCAGGUAUAAUUUCGAUUUGUUCAUUAUUUAAUAACAAUACCGGCUAUUUUAUAACUGGUGCCUAUUGAUGUUUUCCAAUUAUCUUUUACCCUAAUACAUUACAGUAUGAUUAGGGAUGAAUCUGAUCUCAUUUCUGUCAUGCAUAUUCAUUAAAGUUAUUAAUUUUAAAGAAUUGUGGUUUCAAACUUUUAUGCUGUACUUUUUUCAUAUUGGAUGUCUGUCAGAUCAAAUACAAAAUUGGAAAGUCUGUAAUUAUUUUGUCGGGAAUGGAGUAGAAGUAAGUGUUAGAUAACAAAUAAAUGAUUAAAAACAAGGUUUUGAAUCUGAAAAUAAUAAAAAAAAAUUAUGUUGAAUGAAAAAA